CCCUAAAAAUGGCGCUGGAAGGGAGUAGCGACGAGGAGGAGCUUCGUCGAUUGCGCGACGCCGAUGACAAGGAGCGCCACAUUCGCGCCGGCUUGCAUCCGCUCCAGCAACGCUUUGUGUUUUGGUACACGAGGAGGACUCCGGGCGUGCGCUCUCAUAUUUCUUAUGAGGACAGUAUGAAGAAGAUCGCUGAGUUUAGCACUGUUGAGGGAUUUUGGAGCUGCUACUGCCAUCUCUCGAGGCCAUCCAAUUGUCCAAAUCCCACUGACUUUCAUCUCUUCAAAGAGGGAAUAAGACCACUGUGGGAGGAUACUGCAAAUCGAAACGGUGGAAAAUGGAUUGUUCGCUUUAAGAAGAUCGUAUCCGGUCGAUUCUGGGAGGACUUGGUGCUCGCAAUGAUCGGAGAUCAACUCGACUACAGUGACAGCGUCUGUGGAGCGGUGCUGAGCAUUCGUUUCGGGGAGGACAUUUUGAGCGUCUGGAAUAGGAACGCGUCUGAUAAUCAGGCUGUGAUGGCUCUUCGCGAUUCCAUCAAGCGGCACCUCCAUCUCCCCACCAGUUACGUGAUGGAGUACAAACCACACGACGCUUCCUUGCGAGACAACUCGUCCUUCAGAAACGCAUGGCUUCGAGGGUGACUUUGUAACUUCUCUCUAACAACCGAGAUAUGACACCAUCGGGAGUCCAUUUCGUAAUCCAGCUUUUAUUUCUUUUGAUUG